AAAGCUUUUCAAAUUCACGGGCAGCCGAAAAGCAAAAAUUAUUUUAAAUUCAUAUAAAUUCGAAAUUAAAAUAUAUUAAUUGCUCACACCGCUCAUUCUCAUUUUUCUGGUUGUAUUUAUUUGUGCCGUUUUUGCCCUCGUCUCGGUUCCAGAAUUUCCAGUCGGGCUUAAUUUGAUGCGGGGCAGUUUUAUUCAAUGAGUAUUUAUAUAUGGUUGUAUUAAUGGGUGUGCAUCUUAAUCCAAAUCUAAAUCCGAAAUAUCCCCCAUUUGGGUUUUUAUAAUUUGUUUUUUUCUUUUCUGGGGAAUUUGGUUUUCGCCUUCAAAAUCUCUCCGGCUAAGGGGAGAGAGGGAGAGAGAGAGAGAGAGAAGACAAAAGCUUAUCUGUUUAGUUUAGGGAUUAGGGUUUGGGGUUUUUUUUUUGUUGGGUUGGAUUUAUUUAUUUAUUAUUAAUUUUUUUAGUGAAAAUAGAUGAUACAUGGAAGUUUGAGUUAUGAGUUGCUUUGGGUGCUUCAGUCCUCGCCGGAAAGAUGUUAGCAAGGUCGAAAUUGAUAAUGGUACUACUCGAUCCUCAGGUAGUGGAAGAGGAAGGGGACACUUUGAUGAUACUGAGAGUGGGAAGGGAAAAGGAAAGGGUGGCAACAGCGCACAAAAGAGUGUGGCACGAAGCUUCACAUUUCGCGAACUUGCAGCCGCCACCAAGGGAUUUAAGGAAGUGAAUUUGAUUGGGGAAGGGGGCUUCGGAAGAGUUUAUAAAGGUCGGCUUGAAGCAGGCCAGGUUGUUGCCGUCAAACAACUUAAUCAUGACGGUCUUCAAGGAUUUCAGGAGUUCAUCGUGGAGGUUCUCAUGUUAAGCCUACUACACCAUACUAAUCUCGUCACCUUGAUCGGCUACUGUACUGAUGGAGAUCAAAGACUCUUAGUCUAUGAGUACAUGCCGAGGGGUAGCUUGGAAGAUCAUCUUUUUGAUCUGAAACCUGAUCAAGAGCCACUUUGCUGGGAUACUCGAAUUAAGAUAGCUGUUGGUGCAGCACGGGGCCUCGAAUAUCUUCACUGCAAAGCUAACCCACCUGUCAUCUACCGUGACUUGAAAUCAGCAAAUAUAUUGCUGGACGAUCAUUUCAAUCCAAAGCUUUCGGACUUUGGACUUGCUAAACUUGGUCCUGUGGGAGAUAACACCCAUGUUUCAACCAGAGUUAUGGGAACCUAUGGAUAUUGUGCACCAGAAUAUGCUAUGAGUGGCAAGUUGACUCUUAAAUCUGAUAUUUAUAGCUUUGGUGUGGUUAUGUUGGAGUUGAUUACUGGCAAGAAGGCAAUUGACAACACUAUGAAGCAAGGGGAACAGAACCUAGUAGCUUGGUCUCGUCCAUUCUUGAAAGACCGAAGGAAGUUUGUCCAGUUAGUUGAUCCUUUAUUGCAGGGACGCUUUCCCACUCGUUGUUUGCAUCAUGCAGUUGCUAUUACUGCCAUGUGUCUUCAAGAGCAACCAACUUUCCGUCCUCUUAUCAGUGAUAUUGUUGUAGCACUCGAGUACUUGGCUUCACAGAACCACAAACCGGGCAGAGCUGGGGUUCAUAGUCCCAUUUCUUCAUCACCGUCACAGCAGCACAGGGAUACUUUUUCUCGGGAAUCAGAUUACAGAAUGAGUUCAACUUCUGGUUAGAAGUUCUUGGGAGCAACCUGCUGAAACACUCUCAUUGAUGUGACUAGCCUUGUGAGACUCAGAAGGGAAGAAACACCUGAUAAGUUCCAGAUACCAAAUGUACACAUAUGAAGAGUUGGUAUGUAAAUGCACAUGUAUGUAUAUAUGUACACUUGGGUUUGGAUAUGUGGCUUUUUUGAUAAAUUAUAACUCCUGUUCUUGUGGUUGUUUGAGU